AUGGAACUUUUUAAGGGGAUUAUUGCUGCCAUAAUUACUGUGACGUUGAGUUCACAAACUCUCUGCGCCCCACCACAGUCAAAACCAACCACAAUUCAAAUCCUCGUCACUUAUGUGAUUCCAUCCAAAAUUGCCAAUGCCACAUAUGAGGUAUGAAUGGUGUGAGGUUUGUAGCUGAUCAGAAGUAAUAUUCCCUAAAGAAAGGUUAUUUAGGGCUAGACACAAAAUAACCUUCCCUCUUCCAAUACAUGUUACUCGAAAACUACAUCAAACUCUCGCGUACAUUCCUUAACUAUUAGGUGUAAACCAAAAGACUAUGAUCACAUUUAUUUCUAGAACAGGAAAUCUAACACAUUCAUCAAAAACUUCCUGCGAUCUUAUUUGUACUGUUCACUGACAGUAAUGCAUAAAAACGUUGAAGAGAUAAUUGUUAAUUAUUUAUUACCAACAAAAGAUGACUGUCAUUUAUCUUUUUCUGGUUUCUUGCUGGCCAAGACAUGAGUCAAAAACCUUUUGGCGAAUUUACUUGAACUGUACACUGAGAAUAAUGCACUAAAGGUUUGAAAACAGAAUUGUUGAUUAUUUAUUACCAAAAAAAGAGGUCUACCGUUUUUCUUUUUUCUCGUUUCUUGCUGGCCUGAAUUUCAGCCGUCUCCCCGAGGAAGACAUCUAAAUCUACAAGCCGCUCAUAUCGUCCAGUGACGUCACUAGCCAUAAACUGGAAGCCGAGAGUAAAACAAUUAUGUACCAUGUAGACCUUUCCGGGCGAUAUUUCUUUGUUUGCCAGAUGAAAAUCUUUUUGCAUGAAUUAAUUAAGUAAGGAGUAGUGACGUCACUGGACGUCAUUACCAGCUUGCUGAUGCAGAAAUCUCACUCGGGAGUUUGCAACUCGAGGAGACGGUUGAAAUUCAGGCUAGUUUUUCAUCGACUAUUAGAUGGACUAUCCAAUCCAUCUAUUUAUAUAAAUAUCUAUUUAUUUAUUUAUUUAUUUAUUACAUUGAUUUCUUUAUUUAUUGCAGAUGAGAAACAUGUAUCACUUCAUCAACUCAACGAGUUAUCUUUUCGAGCCACCCUUCAGCCGCUUUCCGCCACAAAUCAACACACAAUCUUGCACAUUAAACCAGGUAUCCAUUUGGAAACCUUCAUCUCAAAUCUGACAUUAGUUUCAUGAUUUAGUCACAAGCUGUGAAUAGAUUCACUAGAUUUUUUUAUUGAAAUUUACAUUAAGCAAAUGAACUAAAUUUAUCUUGCUUUAACAGGUUUGUUUCUCUGAUCAAAAUCCAAUAAAUUUUGACAGUUCUAGAGUGGCUGUAAGGAAUGUAUUUGAAUAUCAUUUAUUUUUCUCUUUAGCAAUUAAAAGAUAAUCUUACAAUCGCCUACGAGAAGAUGGAUAUUUUCAGAAGUCCGCUGUACAUGGCCUUAUCCUAUGAAGAAAAUCAAGGGCCACUGCACAAUUUGCUGGCUCAGAUGCUCUGGGACAUAAGCACUGGCAUCAAUGCGACAUCUGUAAUGCUUAGUCGUAAGGUAACAUAAUUUGAACUAAAUUAUAACCUUUUCGAAGUGAGCCAAACAUGGAGUACAUUUUUUGCAGGCCAAGAAUGUGAUAUUAGUUUAAAGUGAUGGGUUUUAAAAUAAAUCUGCCCCAUGUAUUUUUCCUAAGGUUUAGAGGUAGUCCAAACGAAACGACACAAGGAAACCCGACAAAGUGUUUCGCAUGUGAUUAAAACACUUUUACAGCCUAAAAGCUAUUGAUAUUUUCUGUGUGUUUGCACCGUAUAUCGUGAAAACCGCUUAGGCCAACAUUUAUUCCGAAAGAUUGCAUGCAAAACGAAAUAGAUAAAUACCUAAUUUUAAUUCCCCUCCAGGCCCCAGUUUUUGAAUAGCUGGGUAGCGCUAUCCAUCGGAUAAAUCACUAUCCAGUCGAUACGUAGUAGAAAAACCAAUUGCGCUAUCCAUUGGAUGGAUAGCGCUAUCCUCCAUUUGAACAACUGGAGACAGCGAUUGAGUUCAUUCAAAAUAAUUCUGAUAAGUCUGAACAUCUUUUGCAAACUUUUAAGAUGCACAAGAACACCUUCCCGGUACCAACCACUACAACUGGAAAUUUUAUGGCACAGAUGAACCACAUCAUUCGUGUGUACCUCCAAACACUGGUUCAAGGUAACUUGCUGGUAAGAUAA